GAUGGUACAUUUUUCUCAUGUUGGAAUAUCAUGUACAAAAUCUCAGACCCAUCUUUCUAAACCAGACCUAAAUACAAGAGUGAAAAUCGAUGCGAUGAGUGAGUGGUUGGAAUUGAUUCUGACCAGUGAUAUGUAGCUGAGCAGGGCGUCAAAAUCAGAGACAUGGGUAGGCCAAGGAAUCUUCGCAGCAAAGCGGCCCACUUUGUGACUGAUAUCACUACUGGAUUGCUCAACCCCAUUUCUAACAAACACUCCAAACCCUCUCCUUUCUCCUCUUCCUGAAGAUGUGGAUGGGUCCGGAGGAAGUCAAAAUGGAACAAUGAGUGAAGAGAGUCCAGCUAAUCCAGUUGAUGGGCCUGACACUACUUCAUUUACUGCAUUUCUCUACUCACUGUUAUCGUCAUCAGAUACAUGGAGGCAUGGCAUAUCACUUUCAACUCUAUACAGAAGAAGUAUGCUUUGGCCUGGCCUCAGUUUGCUGGUUGUUGGAGACCGUAAAGGUGCAGUUUUUGGUGGCUUGGUGGAGGCACCUCUAAGACCAACCAACAAGAAGUAUCAGGGAACAAAUGAUACAUUUGUUUUCUCAAAUACACCUGACCAUCCAGUAAUAUCUCGCCCUACAGGUGCCAACCGCUAUUUCACAUUGUGCGCUACUGACUUUUUAGCUAUUGGGGGUGGUCAUUUUGCACUCUAUUUGAACAGUGAUCUAUUGAGUGGAUCAAGUUCAGUUUCAGAAACCUAUGGGAAUCCAUGUCUUGCAAACUCAGAAGACUUUGAUGUGAAAGAAGUAGAGUUAUGGGGUUUUGUUUAUGCUACUAAGUAUGAGGAAGUACUUGCUCAAAGCCGUAUGGAGUCACCUGGGAUUUGCCGAUAGUGAAUGCUUCAUUUGGAACUCAUUUUACUGUGGUGGUUAGUAUCAUCACCUUAGCUGAGGCUUAUUAUUGUUUCUGGAGCUGGAUGCAAACGAUGUUACAUUAUAUGGAUGACUUUCCUUUUAGAGUUUGUAAAUAUAAGUCUUUCAUGUACAUAAAGAAUACAUAAGCACUGUGUGCAAGCAAUUUUGAUUAGAUAGUGAUUGUAAAGGUUGAACUUUUAUUGAUAAUGAUAUGUUUCUUCACACA